AGCAGGUGAGAAAAGUGCAGUUUUGAACACAGACCUGCUCCCAAAUUGAUGGAGAAGGAGAAGGUUUAACACACGCAUCUUGAUUCAACACAAAUCACACAUCCUGGUCUAUCAGUAUGCCCCACAACCAUAUGCUCCAUCCAUGUCCAUCAUGCUUAUAAGAUCAUCUUCUCAUGCCUUCCCUCUCCCCCCCACGUACUCCCUCAUCACACCACAAACAACACAUUUGCACUCUUUCUAGAGAGAGAGAGAGAAACCCAUUCUAUUCUAUUCUAGAGAGAGAGAGUGUGUGUGUUGGUGUAGACAUUGCCAAGAACUCGGGAAGCAAAGCGUAGAGCGAUCGAGCUCGCCAUGUACGCCAUGACGCCGCGCUGCCAUCUCCCGCCGCCGUGCCGCGCGGCCUCCACGACGCCGGCGACGUCGACGGCGCUGAGCACGCCGCCGCCGUCACGCGCCGGCCCGGACGAGCUGCGCUCCACGUGGGCGCACCGCGCGUGGACGCUUGCCGGCUCGGCCGCCGUGCUCUCCUCCCUCUCCACCUCCGCCACCCUCGCUGCCGCCGACGCCGACGCCAACGGCGCGGCGGCCGCCUUCGCCGCGCCGCUCGCCGCCGCGCUGGCCGCCUACUCCCUCGCCGACCUCGCCACGGGCGUCUACCACUGGCUCGUCGACAACUACGGCGACGCCGACACCCCGGUGCUCGGCCCCCAGAUCGCCGCGUUCCAGGGCCACCACCGCCACCCCUCCACCAUCACGCGGCGGGAGCCGUGCAACAACCUGCACGCCCUGGCGCGCGCCGUCGCGCUCGCCCUCCCGCCCGCCGGCGCCGCCCUCGCCGCCGCGGGCGCGCCCGCGUCCGCGCACGCCUUCGCCGCCGUGUUCGCGGCGUGCGUGGUGCUGAGCCAGCAGUUCCACGCGUGGGCGCACGGCAACCCGCGACGGCUGCCCCCCGGCGUCGGGGCGAUGCAGCGCGCCGGCGUGCUCGUGUCGCGCGCCCAGCACGGCGCGCACCACCGCGCGCCGUACGACAACAACUACUGCAUCGUCAGCGGAAUGUGGAACGCGACGCUGGACAGGCACCGCGUGUUCGAGGCGAUGGAGAUGGUCGUCUUCCUCCGCACCGGCGUCCGCCCGCGCUCGUGGGACGAGCCGGACGCCGCCUGGACGGAGGACUACGACGACACCGCCGCCGUCGCCGGCGGUGACACUUCGUUGGAUACACAGUGAGCAUUGAUUCUGACUGAUGGUAUGUACAUACAGAAACUAUACUAAGAUGAUACAGAUUACAGAAGAAUAGUAAUGUUCUACUCCUACUAAGAGACACUAUCAAGAACUGAUCUUAGUAGAGGGACAGAGGCAUUGUUCAAACUUGAAAAUUUUAGUCAGAGGAGGAAAAAGGUCUAAAUUUUUAUUUUUUUUUAGGUUAUUUCAAAUGAGCAUUAUUCUUGAGGAAUCUGUUACCAUCUACAAACCUUAUGGUGUAAAGACAAAAACAAAGAGAAAUAUUUUGUGAUAAUGGAAAUUCGAUUUUUGAUUUUUUUCCUUUU